UGGCCUGGCGAUACCCUCUCUCGAAAACCAUAGAGAGAACGAGAGACAGCGGGAGAAAAAAGACUCAGCGAUUCGAAGAGAAAAUCAUAAAAGCUCUCUCGUUCUCUAGGGUUUUCCUUUCCUGAAACCUUCGAUUUCGCCUUUUUUUCCCUCUAUCGGCUGAUUGAUUGAUUGGUUGGUUAAUUGAUUGAUUUCCGAAUCCGGAAUCCAAAAUCGAAGUUUGAAGGGCUAUAUAAGACUGUGAAAUUCUUCAACACUGAUUUCGUUGGCAUUACUACCUUGGUACCUUCAAUUCGUUGUUAGCCGAUAAUUUAGAGAAGAUGGUGUUCUGGCUGUUUGGAUAUGGCUCAUUGGUUUGGAAUCCCGGUUUCGAAUAUGAAGAGAAAAUAAUAGGUUUCAUCAAGGAUUAUCGCCGGGUUUUCGAUCUUGCUUGCAUUGACCAUAGGGGCACUCCUGAGCGACCGGCAAGAACUUGCACCUUGGAACAGAUACAAGGGGCAGUUUGCUGGGGUGCUGCAUAUUGCUUCGGAGGAGGACCGGAGAAGGAAAAAGCAGCAAUGGAGUAUUUACAACGAAGAGAAUGCGAGUAUGAUCAGAAGACUCUUGUGGACUUUUAUAAGGAAGGAGACACUGAGGAACCAGCCCUAACUGGUGUGAUAGUUUUUACAUCCACCCCUGACCCUGUCUCAAAUAAGUACUACCUAGGCCCUGCCCCUUUGGAAGACAUGGCAAGGCAAAUUGCAACGGCCUUUGGUCCCUGUGGCAAUAACAGAGACUACCUCUUUUUAUUGGAGAAAGCCAUGUUUGAUAUUGGCCAUGAAGAUGACUAUGUAAUAGAAUUGGCAAAUGAGGUGAGGAAAGUUUUGGGAGUUCUGGGCAUUUGUAUACCAAAGGAGAAGAGAUUGCUUGGACCUUCCCACAUCCCACUCAAAUCGCUAGUCUCACCAAUCAAUUUACGGCGGUUGCCGGAAGCUGUUGCUAUGGAUUCUUGAAGUGGAAAAAAGGCGGAAUUCUUUUUAACAAAAUGGAGGCUGACAUUUUAUUGCGGAACCUCUCUAAAUUAUACCACUUUAUUUUGAAGUUGUUGGAUCUUUUUCUAGAACUAGACUUUCUUCUGUGACUUUUAAGCGGUUGGAUUGAUGGAUUCAAAUCUGACUUAGUAUUUAGAAUUUUAUAGUAUGCGGCUUUAGAACCUAAGUACUGAAUAAUUGACUGGCACGUCUUGACUGUAGCUCCCGGCCAAUGGAAUUAAUGCUGUAUUUCUAUUUUUCUUCCUUGCCGUUUCUUUUUCUUAUGUCACACAAAUCUCUAUUGAAAAUUUCCCAUAACUUUGCUUAUGAAUUGAUCA